AUGGAGCCCCUCUUCCGCUGUCCCAUCGUCUUCAGGUCCUUUCCUAUGGCAGAGAUGUGCUUUACCAAAGCACACCUUCUGUGGAAGAAGCCUCUCGACAUAUUUUCCAAGACGAGCCGGGCCCGUGCCCAACAUGCCGCAGACUUUGGUGUCCCGGAAGGCUCGAGUACCGAAGACAGGGAUCGGGAUCUUACUCUUCACGAUGGCGAUCAAGCAGGGCUUGAGCGUCGUAACCUGGAGAAUGUCUUCCGAUGCCAGCAGGACGAACCCAUGUCCUUAUUGGCGGAGGCGCAGUAUGCCUCGAGGGUGCGCCACAAGGUGCGGGGCUCGCACGGCUUGAGCGCUGGACUUCUGCCUUCUAUGCCGACCGCAUUUGCUGCCACAUCCCUCGUCCCUGAGCCGGCACUCUCGUCCGACGAUUACUCGAUAGGCGCCCGCUCUACACCAGACGCCACGGAUUGUCCCGACGGGCAUGCUCUCGGACGCCACUGUUUCUGCAAUGGCUGCAUCGACACUCUUGAUAUCGAGGGGCGGGCAUGUCCGAUGUGCCGCACAUUCGUGCGCUUCGUAAUCCCCUCCCCGCGCUUCGUUGAGACGGACCACAGUGCGUACGACGACCUCAAGAGAAGAUACGACCAGCUCAGAGGCGAGUGUGAUACCUUGAAGGCCGAGCGCGAUGCCUUGCGAGCAAGUUAUGAGCACCUGAGGGCUCAGCUUGGCCAGCUGCAGCGCGAAGCGAGAAGGACCAGUCACUACUCUAUGGCCUACUCCUCGCCUUCCCCUCCGGCGCCGCCUUCAGCUCACGAUAGUGGCACCCCUUUUCAACCUGGAAUCCCACCGAGGGAUUUGGGGGCUCCGCACGAUGCUCGGGCCCUUCGGCAGCAUCGCCUUCGUCACCCAACGUGA